AUGACAUAUCUUCUGCAUUCCUCGUCAUACGCCGCCGCCGUGGCAGCUGCGGAGCGCGACGCCGCCGCCACCGGAGACGCUGGGGAUGGCCCCCUCAGCGUUCUCGUGCGCAGAGUGAACUCUGUUCUCCACGGAGGGCCGUCUCAGGUGAGUCGUGCGAGUAACAUCAUGGGUGACGGCAGCAGCGGUAGUCUCAAGCACUUUGAGAGAAGCGGCGGUGCCUCCUCUACGAACCUCCGUGAGCUGCCGCUCUCCUCAAGGCCUGGCAGCGCAAGGGCGGCGCGUGCUCCCGAGAUAUCGGGCUUCGUCGGGCACAGUGGCGGCUCUGCCACUCCUGCAGCUAACGCAUCUCACCGACUCGCUUCUACACCGGUGGCACCGUCUGCAGGCAAGAAAUACCUUCACCGCUCUCAAUGUGUUCGGCUCGCUGAUGCUGUUGCAGAUGCUGAUCUCUACGAGCGCGCUGUGGAUUACGCUGACCUGGAGGAGGUACUGCGGUGCCCUCUGCCGCCGGUGCCAGGAUGCCCGACGCCAUGCGCCUUUGGCUGGCAGUCGGUAGGCUUGAACGGCGACGACUGCGUUACCGCGGCUGCGGCUCCCUUGCCGCCACCUCCGCCAUCUUCUUCACCCCAGUCACCGCUGGUGUUCCGCUGCAUCGCUGCCGACGCAGACACUGGCAUCUCCGUGUACAGUACCCCGGUGGAGGAGUGUCCGAUGCAUCUCAUGCGCGCCUACGCGGUGCUGCCGUGCUCGCCCGGGGAUGUGUUGCAGUACAUGGAGAGCGACAUUCGACCGAGGUGGGACUCGCACAUACGUCGUAGUGCGUUGCUGCGAGAGCUGUCCCCACCUGAGCAGACCAAAGCGAUGGAGCGUCAGUAUCGCUUGUCGACCUCCAUCGGUACUGCGGGGGCGGCUGUUGGUCAGCGCAACCCAACCAGCCUUUCCGAGCAGAGCCGAGACGCCGCGCGCCAACGGGCGCCAUCCUCUUCACGUACCACGAAUGCUACCGGCGGCGGCUGUGGCAGUGCGGCGGUGUCUGUCCCCACCACUGCUGUCGCCGCUGCUCCUCUGACCUCGUUUCAGUACCUGCCUGGUCAGCGCCGCGUUGCGAUCCACCAUCUUGAGACACGCAGCCCCGUCCCGUUCGCGCAAGACCGCGAUUUUGAAAUUGUCGUCGCAGAGGAGAUUCGGCUGGAUGGCACGGCGUACAUGAAGGCCUUCUCCACCCCGCUGGGCUACCACAUGCCUCUCACCCCGCAUCAGUCCCGGUACGUGCGGGCAGUGGUGGUGCUCUCCGGAAUGGUGGCCUGUCCCCUCGACGCUGCCUGCGUGGAGAAGGUGCUGCCGCCUGUGCUGCUGCGACACCAUCAAGCAGAGGUUCGACACAGUAGGAGGCAAGCAGCUGGCAUACCGAAACAGAAGCCCAGCGCUUCCACUGCCGUCUCGGGCAACGCGGCAGCUUGCGCGACAAAUGUGGCGGCACCGCGCCAGUACUGUGUCGUGGAGUACGUUGGCCUUAUACACCCCAUGGGCAUGCUACCUGCCGUGAUGGUCAACAUGGUCAUCUCAGCCCAGCUGAAUGCGAUGCGCAAGAUGCAGGCCUUCAUCACGCAGCACCCUAUUUCCACUCUCCGACCGAGGCAUGUGGCGUGCCCGGCAAUUGGCGAGGCAGCGAACCACCCGCUGCAGGAGUUGAUGGCGUCGCUGUCGUCGUCGUCGUCGUCGCCCGCACUGCGCAAAAACAGCCACGGGGCGACGUCUCGAGAAAGCGGCGGCGCGCAGAGGACAUACGAGGCCAAGCCGGGGGCAAGUGGCGCCACCCCAACGCCAGCGCUGCUCACCGCAUCUCGGGCCUCGUCAUGGUGGCGGCGACAGGCGCACCGCUUCGCAUCACAUUUGUGA